GCUCACAGGAAGCGACACAUCCUUCAAAGGCACCUGUCCUUCUCAGUGCUGUGCUUCUUGAGCAAGGCUGGCACUGCCUCGUAGAUCUUCCUCAGAGCUGUCUUCAGGAAAGCCAGCUGCUUCUUAUUGGGCCCUGAUCUGCCUUGAGGAGCCUGUGGACUUAAAAAAUGAACUCCACGGAUAUAGCAGACACCACGCCGGAUGAAAGUAUAUACAGCAAUUACUACCUAUAUGAAAGCAUCCCCAAACCUUGCACCAAAGAAGGCAUCAAGGCCUUUGGGGAGCUCUUCCUGCCUCCCCUCUACUCCUUGGUCUUUCUGUUUGGUCUGCUUGGAAACUCUGUGGUGGUUCUGGUCCUGCUCAAAUACAAGCGGCUCAGGUCCAUGACUGACGUGUACCUGCUCAACCUUGCCAUCUCGGAUCUGCUCUUCGUGUUUUCCCUCCCUUUCUGGGGCUACUACGCUGCGGACCAGUGGAUUUUUGGACUAGGCCUGUGCAAGAUUAUUUCCUGGAUAUACUUGGUGGGCUUUUAUAGCGGCAUAUUCUUCAUCAUGCUCAUGAGCAUCGAUAGAUACCUGGCCAUUGUGCACGCCGUGUUUUCCUUGAGAGCGAGGACCUUGACUUACGGGGUCAUCACCAGCCUGGCUACGUGGUCAGUGGCUGUAUUUGCCUCUCUUCCUGGCCUUCUGUUCAGCACUUGUUAUACUGAGCGCAACCAUACCUACUGCAAAACCAAGUACUCUGUCAACUCCACAACGUGGAAGGUUCUAAGUUCCCUGGAGAUCAACAUUCUGGGACUGGUGAUCCCCUUGGGGGUCAUGCUCUUUUGCUACUCCAUGAUCAUCAAAACCUUGCAGCACUGUAAGAACGAAAAGAAGAACAAGGCGGUGAAGAUGAUCUUUGCCGUGGUGGUCCUCUUCCUUGGGUUCUGGACGCCUUACAACAUAGUGCUGUUCCUGGAGACCCUGGUGGAGCUGGAAGUCCUUCAGGACUGCACCUUUGAAAGAUACCUGGACUAUGCCAUGCAGGCCACAGAAACCCUGGCUUUUGUUCACUGCUGCCUUAAUCCAGUCAUCUACUUUUUUCUGGGGGAGAAAUUUCGCAAGUACAUCAUACAGCUCUUCAAAACCUGCAGGGGCCCUUUUGUACUCUGCCAAUACUGCGGGCUCCUCCAAAUUUACCCUGCUGACACCCCCAGCUCAUCUUACACACAGUCCACUGUGGAUCAUGAUCUCCGUGAUGCUCUGUAAAAAAGGAAAAUGCAAAUACAGUCAGUGAGCUUCCCACGUGCAGAGCUUACUUGAAGUUGUAUUUUAGUAAGAGAUGUCUGAGCCAGUGUCAGGAAGAAGGCUUACCUCCAUGGUAGAAAGACCCACCCUGCAGUCAGCUUCUCCUCUCCCAGCAGACCAGUCCAGCCCAGCAAAGGACCGAGUUGUCCUUCCUCACACAGGCUUGCCUGCAGGGCUAAGUCAAUCCGAGGAGAAUUCUGGACAGGGUUUCAAUGAGGUUGUAGAUAAUAUUGCAAGAGAAAGACCAUUUCCUUCUUUCCAGAACUGGUAGUGUUCUCCAGAGGGAAUCGGAGAGCACAGACUGAUGGAGUAAAUUGCCAUCUUCUGCUGUGGAAAAUGGGCUCUGCAAUCCAUUUCUAGCUUUUGUAGAACAAUACAGAAACUUUUGAUAUGCUGUCCUACUGUUUUUCUGACAUCUCUGGGGCAUGCUAUAUUCCGUGCAGUCAGAAGUAUGUGGGAACAAUCAUGAAGUGAGGAUCUAGGUCUUAAUUCUUUUAUUGUAAAGGAUUAUUUGCUAACUGAAGCCAAUUAUUUUUGUGCUCAUUAGAAGAGUAAAGAUAUGAAGACGUUAGUGUGCUUAGAUUUCCAAACACAAAAUAUAAGACAUUCAAAAUCCUAACAUA